AUGGCUAGAAAUGGUAUGGGUGCCACAUUGCAAAGGCUACUAUACGCCUCACCGUUGGCUGAAUUUAUUCUCCAAACCGAGGCACCUAGGGGAAUGAAAGUGCCUAAGUACACUAAGUUUGGGGGAGAAUCUGGUGAGUCGACAAUAGAGCAUGUUGCCAGAUAUCUAACAGAGUCAGGAGAUUUAGCUCAUAAUGAGUGUUUGAGAGUGAAAAACUUUCCUUCUUCUCUGACUAAGGCUGCUUUCACAUGGUUCACUUCUUUGGCCCCAAGUUCAAUUGAUUCGUGGGCCAAAUUAGAAAAGGAGUUCCAUGAACAAGUUCGACAUCUCGAACGGCUAAAGUUAGAAAAGGUUAGACACAAUAAGGCUAAGAAAGAAAAAGUAGCGUUUGUCGAUUAUGACGCGACGAAUCCAAUAUAUGAGGCUGAUUAUGCCUCAUCGACCGAAUUAGAAAUUGAUGUGGCUGAGUUAAAGCCAGGAUCUGCCUAUGAGUGUCGAUCAUAA